AUGGCUUCACGAGAAUCUACGAUUUACGAAGAGGAUCAAACUGGAAUAGUUGGCGAAUCACUGUCCGAUCUUGUCCACCAGAAUUCCGAGAGUGCCACAAGUGAACAGCCGACGAGGACAAACUAUGAGUGGAGCUGGUCGUCGGAUCAGCUAUCACAACCACCUCUGCUCAUACAACCUCAUUUAACCCCGGAACCUAUCAGUACCAUUGAAAGUCAGUGGCUCCAUACCAUAUAUGAGGGAGCCUUUGAAACAAUAUUUGGGUCUUGGAUGGGCCGCCACAGCAAUCCUUUUGCUUUUGGAGAACAGAGCCUAUCAGACGUGAUCAGUAUACGCCGAAUCUGCAGUGACCUCGACAGACACAUCGACGAAGAAGAUGCUGUGGCAGGCAUAAUAUCUGACACCGGAGCUUCGCCAGAUCUUACCAGACACGAAAAGGAUACACAGCUCAACCAGUUCCUUGAUCAUGCUGUCCAAUCUUUCGCCGCUCGAUGGCUACCUCUGACUCAACAAUCAAUUUUGCCGGAGCUUUCCCAAGCAGGCAUCAUCUGUCGCCUUUGGCGGCGUGCACAUACAGACAUGCUCAAGGUCAUCAACAGGCCGUCCUAUCGAUCUAUGCUGACGUUGCUUUUGUUUGCUCUAACACCCAUCCCGGUGGGCAUAUCUGAAGAAGAAGAACUUGAGGGAGUAUCGGGUCAGGUUUGCGUCCAUGCUGCACUGCAGCAGAUUCAAACACUCCGCGCCCGUCAAAAGAGCCUGCAGUUUAACGGGACACGAGUCAAUCUCACAAAUUCGAACCGCCCUAUCGGAACAAGCCCCGCCUCGCUUGCCACCGCCAAUUUCAUUAUUGCCGAAAGCACUGCAUACUGGGCGGCAUUGACAUUCGAUACGUCCGCCUCUUUAACCCUCAAUUGCCGGCCAUUGCUUUCUUCUGGCCUUUUCGGCUUCGAGUCUGAACCUUCGUGGCGUAUGGUACGGACUUGCAUUGGCAUCUUCCGUGAAACGACAAGAGACUGGAGCAAUCUUGACGUUGACCUGACAGACGAGAAAGCAAAUCAGGUCAUAGCAGCUGGAGCAGCAUGGAAGUUGUUGGUCUGGAAACUUACCGCAAAUCUGAAAGAAUCUCUAAGGGAUGGCCAUGAUGAGGCAGAGGUCCUCAGGGCGUUCAACUCCGUGUCUAACACUAUCGACCAGUUCAACGUAACCUACCGGGACUUGCUCAUCGCAUGCCAGAGGCGGAUACAGUUCUUCAACCAAGAAACGAGACUCCGCUGGUAUGAACUCAUGCUGCACUAUAACCUGUCGAUUUUGAUGGUCACCGAUAUCGCGACCGCGACUAUGCGCGAGGAUCUCCUCUCCCUCUUCUCGGCGAAGAAAGUUGAUGCAGAAACCUGGGUCAUGAACUGCCUCGUCUUUGGUUUAAACAACAGGUAUACCUUAAAACUACAACCCGGGCCAGCCGUUUCCGAUCCAGAUAUCGCACCUAAUCAAUCGACAAGCUUGACCGUCCCGUUAAUUGCGAUUGAUCCGUAUCCUCACCACGUCGUCGCGGCAGUGAAGCUGAUGCAGCAGGCCAUAGACAGAGACUUCGGAGCCGACAAGAUUAGCACAGAUGCUUACAAUAACCUGCGUUCAACUCUGAAGCACACCUUGGAACAACUCCCACAAGUCUCCAAAUCGGUCCAGACAACCCGAGCGGAGUUUGAGACCGCUGAAUUUCCACCCCAACCACUAUAUCCAUAA